AAAAUUUUAUUUAUUUUUCCAGUGCUGUUAACGUUUCUAGUAUUUUAUCAGAUAUCAAAAUUCUUGUGACCAAGUCACAGAAACAGAAAAGUGUCCAUCAUUAUCAUAUAAGUGCAGCUGAUUUUGCUUUUCAUUUGAACCAUACCAUUUUUUCGAGGUGUAUCUCAAUCAAGGUGGAUGUCAGCGCACAAUCAAAGCAAUCUCACAGCAUCGCUGUUACAAUCACAGCACGUGGAGGCCUCUAGUUCUAUUGAAGAUGAAAAUGAUGAAGCGAUGUUUAGCUGCGCACAGAUUGAAGGGAAGCAAAGCGAAAUUUACUUCUGCGAGGACUGUGGCUGCAGCUUUGCCAAUAUGAAAGACUACACGGCGGCACACAAUGGAGCUCCCGGCACAUGUAACAGUGAUCAGAGAACCGAAUAUAUUAUUGAAGAAAUUGAAGAUGACGAGACAGAAAUCAAGGUAUUGGAUGAUGAAGAUCUUUCAGAUGAAGAAGCGCUAGUGGUAGCUGAGAAGCCGCUAUGGGAGCUCGUAGACAGUGAGACAUCCUUACAAAUGGCUGCUGACCAGUCCAGUAACAGUUCGGAAAAGUAUUUUUGCUACGACUGCCACUCCAUUUUCGAGGAUCGCCAUAGUGCCGAGGAGCAUACGUGUCCCCUGGCGGAAGAGAGUGACCCGGUGCUGGCACAAAAGAUCGAUUCGCCAGUGCCACCCAAAAAGCGGGCUGCUGAUGUUCCGUCAAAAAGUCCCUCCACAUGCAACAUAUGCAACACGAUCUUCAGCUCGGCUAGGGGCCUCAAGUUUCACAUGCGCAUUCAUGAAAAGCGUGCGGUAAAGCGCAUACAGGAUGCGCUACCAGUGGGCGCACAUCAGCAGUAUAAUGACCUAGACCAAUUCCAUUGCGAAAUUUGCAACAAGAGCUUUGACCAACAUCUUUUGGCCGUGCACAAGCAAAUGCAUCAGGGCAAGGAGCAGCACAUGUGCAGCGUAUGCAACCGCAAAUUUGAUAGUGCCAUAGACUACGAAAUGCACAUGAAGCUGCACGAUAAAGUUCAGGAGCCCACUAAGCUGCCAUCUCCUAGCAGUGAGAAACCUGGUUUCCCUUGCCAGUACUGCGGGCGAGUUUUUUCGCGGCCUUAUGAAAAGGUGAAGCACGAGCGGGUCCACACUGGCGAGAAGCCCUACAGUUGUGAGGUCUGCGGCAAAAUGUUUCGCGUCUCCUACUCGCUAACACUUCAUUUGCGGACUCAUACCAAUAUACGUCCAUACGUGUGCACAACGUGUAAUAAACGCUUUAAAUCCCACCAGGUCUACUCACAUCACCUGAGUUCCCACAGUACGGAGCGUCAGUAUGCGUGCGAUGCUUGUGGAAAAGCCUUCCGCACAUCUGUACAACUGUACGCACACAAGAACACUCACACCAAACCGUUCCAAUGCGUUAUUUGUAGUCGGCCAUUUUCAUCCUUGUAUGCCGUCAAGGCGCAUAUGGCGUCGCACGAAAAGACGGGGAGCGAAGAUGGCAAGGGCACUAGUAGCGGAGGUUCGGGCAAGUUUUCCUGUGUGGAAUGUGGCGCCGAAUAUGCGCGUCCAUUUGGCCUGCGUCUACACAUGAAAUCGGCGCACGGUCUUGUCAUGGGGUCCACAAUAAAACUAGAAGAUGACCGUACGGUUAGUGAAGUUGAAGAAUCCGAUGCAGCAGCUACAGAUUCUGAGACUGCACUGUUGAUAGCGGCCGCUGCAGCAGAUGCUGCCCAAGUUAAGGAGGAAACCUGCAACAUCGAGGAUACUGGUUCAUCGUAUGAAGAAAUCGUCGAGGUGCCCGCAGAUGCUUUAUUCAAUGUGGAUGACUUUCACAGCGAGGAGAUUAUUACCAGUUGGUGAACGAGAGUGAUCAUUCAAAUAAGCGAAUACAUUUAUUAAUAUUGAAUCAAAAACUGACGAUUAACUAGAAAAUACCGCUGGUGUAUACCAGUCCAUUGAAUUAACAUAAAUUAACAUGAGAAACUAUAUUUAUAUAUGUAUAUAUAUGUAUGUGACUAAA